GGGGAGGAGAAUAAAGCAUUGUCGUCAGGUUAGUUCUUCCUUUUACAAAGUGCAGAGUGAGCAAGAGCAGACGCGCAUCGCCCACCUCCGUUCAGGUUUUCAGCCAGUACAUCGAAAUGGCAAAGGAAAAGAUCCACAUCAACAUCGUGGUCAUUGGCCACGUGGACUCCGGCAAGUCCACCACCACCGGCCAUCUGAUCUACAAAUGCGGAGGAAUCGACAAGAGAACCAUUGAGAAGUUCGAGAAGGAGGCCGCCGAGAUGGGCAAGGGCUCCUUCAAGUACGCCUGGGUGCUGGACAAACUGAAGGCCGAGCGUGAGCGUGGUAUCACCAUCGACAUCGCUCUGUGGAAGUUUGAGACCACGAAGUACUACGUGACCAUCAUCGACGCCCCUGGACACAGGGACUUCAUCAAGAACAUGAUCACUGGUACCUCUCAGGCUGACUGUGCCGUGCUGAUCGUUGCUGCUGGUGUUGGUGAGUUCGAGGCUGGUAUUUCCAAGAACGGCCAGACCCGUGAGCACGCCCUGCUGGCCUACACCCUUGGUGUGAAGCAGCUCAUCGUUGGAGUCAACAAGAUGGACUCCACCGAGCCCCCAUACAGCCAGGCCCGUUUCGAGGAAAUCACCAAGGAAGUGAGCACCUACAUCAAGAAGAUCGGCUACAACCCCAAAAGCGUUGCCUUUGUCCCCAUCUCUGGAUGGCACGGAGACAACAUGCUUGAGGGCAGUGACAAGAUGAACUGGUUCAAGGGAUGGAAAACUGAGUGCAAGGAAGGUAACGGCAGUGGAACCACCCUGUUGGAGGCUCUUGAUGCCAUCCUCCCACCGACGCGUCCCACCGACAAGGCCCUCCGUCUGCCCCUGCAGGAUGUCUACAAAAUUGGCGGUAUCGGAACUGUACCUGUCGGCCGUGUUGAGACUGGUGUCCUGAAGCCCGGUAUGAUCGUCACCUUUGCUCCCGCCAACCUGACCACUGAGGUGAAGUCUGUGGAGAUGCACCACGAGUCUCUGCCAGAGGCUCUCCCCGGCGACAACGUCGGCUUCAAUGUCAAGAACGUGUCCAUCAAGGAAAUCCGCAGAGGAAACGUGGCUGGUGACAGCAAGAACAAUCCUCCCCAGUCGUCUGCAAGUUUCAUAGCCCAGGUCAUCGUCCUGAACCAUCCUGGCCAGAUUUCUGCAGGAUACUCCCCCGUGCUGGACUGCCACACAGCUCACAUUGCCUGCAAGUUCAAGGAGCUCGUUGAGAAGAUCGACCGUCGUUCCGGUAAGAAGCUUGAAGACAACCCCAAGUUUGUCAAAUCCGGAGACGCCUGCAUGGUCGACAUGGAACCCUCAAAACCCAUGUGUGUUGAGAGCUUCUCCGACUUUCCUCCGCUGGGACGUUUUGCUGUGCGUGACAUGAGGCAGACUGUGGCUGUUGGUGUCAUCAAGUCCGUCGUGAAGAAGGACCUCGGCACUGGAAAGGUCACCAAAUCUGCACAGAAGGCUGGAAAGAAGGCAUGAAUUCUCAUGCAGGAUGUCCCAGAGAAAAUCACAUCUCAGCAACCAUCCUCUCUUCAUCCUGACAUCAUUUUCUGGCUUAUGAUGAUUAAAACCCAUCGGAAAAGUUUCAGGCGGAAAGGAAGGCUUGUUUCUUUUAGGGGAAAUCAUUAACCAACUAAAACUAAUAAAAAUCUUAAACAAACCAA